UACUCAGGAUGUGCUGGGCAGCUUUUGUUCUUUUUCUUGAGUAUUGUCUUCUCACCAUCAUGGCCUACGACCGCUACGUUGCCAUCUGCAAACCCCUGCACUACGGGACCCUCCUGGGCAGCAGAGCUUGUGGCCACAUGGCAGCAGCUGCCUGGGCCACUGGGUUUCUCAAUGCUGGGCUGCACACGGCCAAUACAUUUUCACUGCCCCUCUGCCACGGCAAUGCCCUGGACCAGUUCUUCUGUGAAAUCCCCCAGAUCCUCAAGCUCUCCUGCUCACACUCCUACCUCAGGGAAGUUGGGCUGAUUGUGGUUAGUGCCUGUUUAGCAUUUGGGUGUUUUGUGUUCAUUGUGGUGUCCUAUGUGCACAUCUUCAGGGCCGUGCUGAGGAUCCCCUCUGAGCAGGGACGGCACAAAGCCUUUUCCACGUGCCUCCCUCACCUGGCUGUGGUCUCCCUGUUUCUCAGCACGGGCAUCUUUGCCAACCUCAAGCCUCCAUCUGUCUCCUCCCCCCUGGAUCUGGUGGUGUCAGUUCUGUACUCGGUGGUGCCUCCAGCAGUGAACCCCCUCAUCUACAGCAUGAGGAACCAGGAGCUCAAGGAUGCCAUGUGGAAACUGAUGACUGAUGUUUUUAAGCAGCAAUAA